GUCCUGGAUUUUAUACCUUGAAACAGUUACACUGGUUUUCUGCAAUGCAGAUAAUGCAGAUAAUAAUGUGGACUGCAUGAGUAUUGAGAUGAAAGCUCUUCUUAAACUCAAAGAGGGCCUUACAGAUCAUUCAGACUGGCUUUCGUCUUGGGCAGGAGACGACUGCUGCAAAUGGAGAGGUGUAGGCUGCAACAACACAACUGGACGUGUGGGAAGCCUUAAUCUUCGCAACUCUUAUUCAGAUGGUACAAUUCAUGCUUUAGAAGCUUAUAUGUCAUCUCCAUGCCACAUUGAGUUGACUUUGUCAGAGAAAGAAGAUCCAGUGAAAAAAGAGCUGCGCUCCCCGGAAAUCAAGAACAGGUCCAGCCAUACACAGCGGCGCAACUUCUUAAGAUGUGUGGUCUAAAGAGUUUAGAAACUCACUUGAUAUGUCGUCCACUUGGUAAUUUCUAUAAUGUCUCAGUUUUCAGAUAUUUAUUGAUUAAGAAUUUUGUCACCAAAUAUAGUUUAUCAACUUUUCAUUUCAUGUCGUGUGGAUGAAUCUCUUAUGGUUCCUGCAUAGAAUAAUUUUC